CUUUCCUUUCGACGUUUUCUGUUUCCUAGGUUUUUGGUUUCUCUGCGAAAGCCUUUUUGUUUUACCUUCAUCAAUGGCACAGGAGGAGGUCCAGAACGGAGGAGUCGAGAAGGUAGCUGCGGUGACUUUCACGGCGUUGAAACCUCAGCUGAUGGUGGAGGCACCCAAGGCGGCUGAUGCGGUGCAGUUCUACAAGUCCGCGUUCGGCGCUGUUGAGGUUGACCGUACCGUUCACCCUAAGCGCAAAGCCGAGCAGGAGCUCCCUCACAUCCUCUCCGCUCAACUUGAGCUAGCUGGCUCCACCAUUCUCGUUUCUGACACCUCUGAAAGCUCUGCUCCGUUGAAAACCGAAGGAGCCGGAUGUGUGCUCUGCCUCGAGACUGAGGACGUAGAAGCUGCUAUCGCCGAGGCUGUGAGCGCUGGAGGUGUUGCGGAGGGUGAGAUAACUGAGGGAGACGACGCGUGCUGCGGUGGUCGCGUGGGCAAGGUGAAGGAUCCAUAUGGAUACGUUUGGCUUAUCUGCUCCCCUGCCAAGAAGUGCGCAGACGUGGAAGCCUAAAUGCCGUUUAAUCUUUUGAUUUACAUUGUCAGUUUUAACUUUUUCUGUGAUGGGGUGGGCUCCAUGUCAGUAAAAAAUGGUUUCUAGCCGGUAGGAUUAGGUUAUGGAUAGCGAGACCUUUGGAAUUGACUAUUUUGAUACUGUUCUUCAUGAACCUCCAGCUGUCGGUUGCUCUAAAAUGAAUUUCAUUAGCGCUUCUAAUCUCUUUAUUUUUAAA